AUGACUGUCAUUAAGGUUAACGUUAGAAACGCGGGUAAAUCAUAUCCAAUCGAUGUGGAUUUAGAGUCUCCAGGUCUGGAAUUCAAGAGAAAGAUAUAUGAGGCAACAAAUAUUCCACCAGAGAGACAAAAGGUGCUUUUGAGAGGUGGAAAGCUUAAGGAUGAUUCUGAUAUGAAAACUUUCAACCUAAAGCCAAACCAGCCAAUUAUGGUGUUGGGAACUCCGCUUUCUCAGAAGCUAGAGAAACCGAAGGAGAAAAUCCAUUUUAUGGAGGAUCUGAGUGAAGGAGAGAGAAAUUUCAAUCCAAAUGAUACUCCAUCAGGAUUGGUCAAUCUUGGAAAUACGUGCUAUCUAAACUCAUCUCUUCAGACAUUGUAUGAUAUCAAGGAAUUACGGGACGAGCUCAAAAUAAUGCAACCAAAUUCUUUGGAGAUUGGAACGCAGAAAGCAUUGGUUGUUAAUAUGAAGGAAUUGUUUGAAAAAAUGAACGACAAGAAGCAGAAAAUCACUCCGUUGAACUUUCUUACAUCGAUGAGGUUGACGUUUCCACAAUUCAGUGAGAAGAGUGAGCAGGGCUUCUACAAGCAGCAGGAUGCGGAAGAGGCAUAUUCUGAAAUUUUGAGUGUGAUCUUGAAUCGUUUCCCAAAGCUUAGAUCGUAUUUUGAGAUUGGCAUGAAGACAACUACAAAGUGCUUGGAAACUCACGAGGAUGCCACAACGGGAAUCGAGCAGGCUAUGAAGCUCAGCUGCCACAUUAAUAUCCAUACGAACUUCUUGAUGGAUGGCCUUAAGUCAGAUAUGGAAGAGACAAUCGAGAAAAGUAACGAGCAGCUCGGAAAGAACUGCAAGUACCAGAUCAAGAGAAGUAUCACGAGCUUACCAAAGUAUUUGACAAUUCAUUUUGUGAGGUUCUUUUGGAAAAGAGAGACGAAGAAGAAGUCGAAGAUUCUCAGAAAGGUGCAAUUCCCAUUCCAACUUGAUGUGACCGAUUUGCUAGACGAAAGUGUGAAGGAGGAGAUGAUAAAGGCAAGGGGCUCGAUCUACAAAGUUGAAAAAGAGAAUGACGAGGAGAGGGUCACUUUCAAGAAGUCAAAACCUUCGGACACAAUGACAACAAGAGAUCAGUACACAAAGCAGAGGGAAGAGUUAGCCAAGUUGAAGAAGAAGUGGCUUGAUAAUUACAACAAGGCACUUCCUGAGGGAUUCAGUCAAGAUUCUGGCAAGAACCCUUCGCCAUUGUAUGAGCUUUCUGCCAUUAUUGCACAUCAAGGAUCAUCGGCCGAUUCGGGACAUUAUCAGGCCUUUGUUAAGGAUCCCGAAGAUGUUGACGGUGAGAGAUGGUACAAGUUCAAUGAUGAUAAGGUGACUGUUGUGAACAAGGAAAAAAUUCAGAGCUUGGCUGGAGGAUCAGAGGGUGAUUCAGCCUUAAUAUUACUCUACAGAGCUGUUGGACUUCCAUAA